AUGCUUCAUUUAUACCUACUGUUUAGUAUCGGGCUCAUAGUUUUCGCAGCCAGUCUACAGUUGCUGCUCCGCAAUCGUCGGAAGGUGAUAUUCCGUUAUGUGCGUGGGUCCGGGUGGAUCGGUUGUCGAAACGCCGACGAAAGCAGGACUGAUAGCGAUGUGGAAGAGAAAGAGAGUGACUUGGAAUACCUGAAAGCCCUCUUCUACCAGCUGAACAACCUCGAACGAUUUCCAGACGUCCUGCCUAAAGCUAGGGAAAUCCUUGUUGAGCUACUAGCCCAAUGUCUCAAGCUUUCGUUAGACGACCGCGAGAGAGGCAUCGAUUUACCCUCCGAGUACAGCCAGAAUGAGGUAGAAAGGACGAUCCUGGAGCAGCAUGACCGCAUCGGCCAGCAAUUCAAGGCGUAUGUCGCGCGACGUCAGGCUGGCCUGCCAAGAGAGAUGUUUUCCGACCGUGCGAGUGCAGUGGCAUGGUUACGAGACCAAGCUCCGGCCAAACUCGUGGAUGGCGCUUGGCUCGGGCAUAUCCAUAGGUUUUCCACCUCAUUCGAUCAACGCCCUAUUACUAGGCUGGCAUGGCAGAUUAUGUCGGAAGAACUGGGCGAUGGUGAUGUGGCGAAGAACCACGUCUUCGUCUACCGCGAGCUUCUAGAAAAUAGCGGUGUCCGCUUGCCAGCAGCAGACAGUAAAGACUUUCUCCAUCCUCAACAUAAGCUCCACGACGUGGGAAGCUGGAAGACGGCGCUGUCGCAUUUGCUGGUAUCGCUCUUCCCGCACGACUUUCUGCCCGAAAUUCUUGGCUUCAAUAUGCAUUUUGAGCAGCUGACCUGGAGCACUCUGUGCGCCGCGACGGAAUUGCGAGAGCUCGGACUCGAUCCGUAUUACUUUUUGCUUCACAUAUCCAUAGACAACGUGCAUUCAGGACACACUGCGAUGGCCCAGAGGGUUGCGUUCGACUUCCUCGAGCACGUACAAGAAAGGUCGGGGCCGUCUGCUGCGAGCGAGGCGUGGAGGCGUGUGCAAGCCGGCUACGCUCUAUCUCGAUACGCUAGCCAAACUAGUAGCCACAUCUUUCAUCAAGACAAGUUCAACUUUAAUAACCGUCGUGAAAAAGAACUCGUCGCGAUCUUGCGGCAGAAAGCGCUCGCCUCGCAGUGGCUACAUUGUUCGUCUAAAGUAAAGCUGGGCAACCGGCCACUCUCGGAUUGGUUCAGCUCGAAAGAUAUGGGGCAUUCCGAUUGGGGAGCAGAGUUAUUGCAAGCGCUUGCCAGUGCCUCGCCGUGGGUAUAUCCAGGCAAGAGUUACAAGAGUCGCCUUGUGCAAGCGCUCUCAUGGAAGGGCAAAAUGUUUGGAGCCUUUUCUACCAAGGAGUUGUGCGUGCUUCGGGAGUGGAUUGACGGUCUGACUGCCAUUCACAGUAACCGUGGCGAGUUCUACUGGAAAUUUACGCAACGUAAGACAUCCGACUUGCCCGAGCUGGGGAAUGGCGAGCAGGAUAUUCUGUUGCAUUAUCCGGUCUUGGGCGAUGCUAUUACGCCGCAGCUGGAUUCCUGGUUACAUGAGCAAUCCGUUAUGCCUUUGGCGACAUUGGCCUUCACUGCGGUAGAGGGCGACGUCGAUAUCCUUAGACUGAUUCCCCUCUGGUUCGCAGGCGCCGCUUUGCUCGAGGGUUUGGUCUCCAAUCCUGCUAAGACGUGUGGUCCGGCCGUUUCGGCCUUACUAGGCGUCGUACGAGCUCAGCAUGGUCUCGUCGACGACUUUGCAGGCUGUACCGGUCUAGACGAGUCUUCUUGCGCCGAUGUCUGCGGCCUGCACGAGCUGGGAAUGAGUAUAAUCGCCAAGGCCGGCAUGCAAACGCCGCGAUCGCUUAAGCAGGUCUAUGCGGUAUGUGGAGAUUGUCCAGAGGCGACCAUGAUGCUGCACCUAUCCAUGAGGCCAUUGAAAUAUGCGGAAGUCUUAAGCGGCAUGUCAAUGGCGUUCGCAUGCUUCCACGACAUACUAUGUGUCUCUAGGCCUGAAAUCUUGCCGGCCGCAGCAAUAGCUGCUCUGAAGGGCAUCGCUGCGAGAGAGAAAGCUGGGUUGCAGGUGUAUCACGAUGAAAUUAGCGAUGUGGCUGGAAAAACCGCGUUCAAUCGCGGCUUCUACAUAGCAAAGCGGCAGCUUGAACAAUGCUACCACACCGGUUGA